AUGAGAAAUCCCAACCAAGCAUUCCCUUCUUCUGGUGAUUUUGGGAGAGAUGGCGAGAAUCAAGUUGCCUCUCAAACAUCAUCUCUCAUCACUCAACAACAAGAAGAUCAGAAAAUGACAUCUACUUCUUUCAAUUAUGUUGAUUUGGACAAAAUUGAUGAUUAUUUAAUUUGUCCCAUUUGUUCUUUCCCAUUUUUUGAACCAGUCAUUCAUGCCACAUGCGGAAAUACAUUUUGCAAUGAAUGUGCAGAUCCUUUGAAACCAUGUCCCAUGUGUCGUGAAGCAGAUUUUGCAUCCUUGCGUUUUCCUGCCGCAAAGAAUCUUCAAAGUCAAUUGGAUAAAUUGAAAGUGUUUUGUCCCAUGUGUAAGAAUGCUGUGAAUCGAGGUGAAUUGAAGGAUCAUCAAGAGAAAUAUUGUCCCCUUCAUGAAGCAUAUCAACAAGUGGAACAAAUGAAACGUGAUUUGGAGAAGGAAUUUGAAGAAAAGAUGGCUCAAUUUGAACAAGAGUUUCAAGAACGAUCUCAGAAAAUGAACAUGGAAAAUUCUCUCUUUUUGGAACAAGAAAAGAACAAGUUGAUGCAAGAAAAGGAGGAAAUGAUGAAACAAGUUGAAAAGAUGAAAGAACAAUUAGAACUGGAAAGAAAAGAAUUUGAACAAGAGAAGCUCUCUCGUUACAAAUUGGAAAAUUCCAACAAACCCAUUCACUUGAAUGUGGGAGGAACUGUGAUGACUGUUUCAUUGGGUCACUUUUUUAGAAAUGAAAGAGAACCUGAGAAUUUAUUUGAGAAAAUGUUCACAGGAGAAUAUCCAUUGUAUGAAACACCUUGCACCUUGUUCACUGAUAAGGUUUUCUUUGUGGAUUGUGAUUUGAGUGUUUUUAAAGAAAUCUAUUCAUGGAUGACAGAUGGAUGUGUUGAAGUUUGUAAAUCAAACAAAACUCUCCGAAAUCAAGUCAUGAAAAAAGCCAAAUCGUUCCAUUUGUUCAACUUGUUGAGAGAGUUGGAAAAUCUUGAAGAUGAAGAUGGAUCUUCAUCGAAUACCAAAUUGAAAAUGUCUCAAAUUGAUUUCAUCAAUAUGGUCAAUCUUUCAAGAUCUCAAAAAACCACAUUGAAUUUGUCUGGAAUGGAUUUGAGAAGUUUGGUCAUGCAAAACAUGAAUUUGAGUCACUGUGAAAUCAUUCGCUCAAAUUUCAGCAAGAUGAAUUUGAAAGAUCUCAAAAUCAACAAUUCUCGUUUGAACGGAUGCAACUUUUCAGGAUGUGAUUUGACGAAUGUUGAUUUCUCAAAUUGUGACUUGAGAGAUUCCAAUUUUUGUGGUGCCAAAUUGAACUCAACCAAUUUCACAAAAGCCAAUCUUGAAGGUUGUUUGUUUGAUAAGAACACAAAAUUCAUCUCAACCAAAUUGGAAGGUGUUGAGUUGAAUAAUGCAUCAUUGAAAGGAGUGAAAUUAGAACGUUAUUCAUUCUCAAAUAUUAAUUUUUCUAACUGUGAUCUGAGUGAAAGUGAAUUUUGUGAGUGCACUUUUGUUUAUUGCACUUUCAACAAUUCAAAAAUUCUCUCUGCUUCUCUUUCUUAUGAUUUCAAAACAGUUGUGAUUGAUGAUAAGACUAAAAUGGUGAAAUGUCAAUUUUUGAAUUGCAAUUUACAAGAAAGAUCAGACAUCACCAGAUUGUUCAUAGAUACCACACAACUCAUUAAUUGUAAUGUGAAUGGAUGUGACAUGAGCAAUCUUGAUUUGAGAGGAUCUGUUUUUGAAAAUGUGACAGAUAUGAAUUUCUCAAACACGAAUCUUGAAGGAUGUUCAUUCAAACAAAUCAUUCUUCAAAAACUGAAAUUUAAUUCCAAAACAACUCUUUCAGGAUGUAAAAUGGAACAAGUUGAUUUGAGUGGUUGUAAUUUAAGUGAAUACAAUCUAAGCAAAUGCUCCUUUGUGGGAUGUGAGUUUUCAACAACCAUCCUUCAAAACACCAACUUUUGUGGUUCCUCUUUCAACAAUUGCUCAUUCAAACAAGUGGAUUUGAGAACAAAUAUUUUGGACAAUAAUACUCGUGCCACACAAUGCAACAUGCAACAAGUGGAUCUCUCUGGACAAAAAGAUGUGAAGAAUUUUGUGAUGGGUGGAAAUUCAUUCACAAACUCUAAUUUGAGUCAUUGUGAUCUCAGUAACACUGUUUUGAAAGGAUACACUUUUGUGAAAUGUCUUUUAGCAGAAACAAACUUUUGCAACUCUGAUCUUUCUGAUUCAGUGUUCCAAGAAGUGAAUUUGAAAACUAUUAUCUUCAAUGAAAAUACCAAAAUGAAAGCUUGUAAAUUGAUUCAAUCGGCUCUACCUUCCUCAACAUCAUUAGAUCUUUCAAACUCAACUUUGAACAAAUGUGAUUUACGUGAAAGUGAAUUCAAACAAGUGAAUUUCUCUUCAUGUAGUUUUAAUGAUUGCCAACUAGACAGCACAACAAUUUUCAAUUCAUGCGUUUUGACAGAAGUGAAUUUUGAUAACAAGAAUUUGAAAGGAGUGAGUUUUGAGAACAGUAACAUGUCCAAAAUGUCAUUUCACAAGACUUGUCUACAAGGAUGUAAUUUGAGUGGUUGUGAUUUGAGUGACAGCAACGUAAAAGAAUGCGAUAUGAAAGAAUGUAUUUUGAAGGGCUCCAAUUUACAGAAUUCCAUUUUCGAACAUUGUAAUCUCACUGGGUGUGACAUUCAGAACGCUAACACUCAAGGAAUGAAAAUUUCAAAUUGUCAAUCGGAGAAUGUAUUCAGUUCUAGCAAUAUAUUGAAUUCAGCACAAGCAAUUUUCUCAAUUUCAUCAACUCUCAAAUUGAAGAAACCUGUUUCUCAAUGUUCACUUUUAUAUCGUGGAAGCAGAGAUGGAUUCACUGCACAAACAUUUCAUUCUCGAUGUGAUUCAAAAUCACCAACUCUCACAAUUAUCAAAUCACAACACAAUCAAAUCUUUGGAGGUUUCACAACACAAACAUGGAAUCAUACUGACGAUUGCAAACCUGAUUCAGAAGCAUUUAUUUUCAAAUAUCAUGAUUCAACAUGCACUUUUGAAAUUUUACCUGUGACUAGACCUGAGAAGGCUAUUUAUUGCCAUUCCUCUUACCUUGCAGUGUUUGGGGGUAUUAGUAUUACAGACAAGUGUAAUGAAAAUAUGAAUUGUUGCAAUUUAGGAAGAAGUUACAGCCUUCCUGAAUCCUUGAAACAACAAAACUUGAAAUAUAGAGAUGCUCAAGUUCAAUCUUAUUUAGCAGGAUCCUACAAAUUCAAAGUUUCAGAAAUUGAAGUUUACCAAGUUUAG